AUCCGAGCCUGUCGGCCAUGCAGACGAGAGCGAUCAUUCAGAGAUCUCCACCUCGGCUGUAUCGGCAGGUUCAUUGUGUGUGUUGUUGCAGAUGCUGUUUAUAUUAUCCGCGCAAACAGUAGCGAUGGGCUGGGUGCACUCGGCGGUAAGCAGACGAUAACCCGAGCAGACGAUAACUCGCGACUUGAUAUGACUUUUCAACAAUCUCGGAAUGAUUGUGUUUUAGUUCCUUCUUGUGUUUUAAUGGAUGAUCGGUUUCCAGCGCUCACACAAAAGAAAAUUACCCAGCUGCGAAGCUGAUGAUUUCAAUGACAGUAUCUUAAUAACCGGCCAUAAUUUGAAAGGAUCCGUGGCUGGCGUUGUUUACGGCCCACUGUGGACUACCGUGAUAGCCGAGCCAGAUAACAGAUCUCGUACUGUAUUGAGAUGUGAAGAGAGCUAGCGCUGUCGUCUGCUCGAGCAACAUGGCGGACGGAGAGGGUAAAACGGUGUUUUUAUUCCCCUCGCUGCAAUGAAGUCGACAAAGAAGUGAAAGUUUAUAAAUGUCUCAACCGGCUUAGAAGUGUUGAGAAUGGCGUCGAGUGUGUGGGACUCGCUCACAUGCGCUAAUUUAUUUGUAGCCUUCGCUGCAGUCACUGGAUUUGCCGAGAAGAAAAUGGGACGGCUGAGUAUGGAAUAUGUGUUCGUCGUUGAGGUGUUUUGGUCGGAUGGAAGGACUUCUUAUAUUAGAAGAACUUACAAAGACUUCCUCAGGUUCUAUAAACAUCUAGUGUCUCAGUUUCGGUCUAAGGACGCACCUGACAACGAUGUGAUCCCGCUCCCACGACUAGAAGGUAAGCGCUGGUACAGACGCUACACACGGGGACUGGCGGAGUACCGGGAGUUGGAGCUUCAUAACUUUGUGAAAGAAUUGCUCAAAGCCAGUCCAGAGAUGGCGUCCGAAACUAUAGUCAUCGAUUUUUUCGAGCAGCGACCAACCGACCCUGUUCCCUGCCCAAAGGAAGAUAAGCCGUUCGAGGUCCCUAACGGUCGAGAUCACAGCCAGACACAACUCUCUGCAAGUUGAUCGUAGUCUCUCCGUAGACCAUGGCGUACACAAACCAUGCACGCCAACAUAUGUCCGCAUCUUAUGGAUUAUUUUAUCUGAUUUGGAUCUGAACAUUGUUUCCAAUGACAGGACAUUGAUUUGAACACACGAUCAAACUGGAUGACACAUCAGGCAUCCUGUACUUGGCAUCUGCUUCUUCUGUUAAUCUGUCCCUUGUUUCCAGUGAUUGAACAUUGAUUUGAACACACGAUCAGACUGGAUGACACACUAGGCAUUCUUUGGUAGGACACAUCUUCUUCUGUGAAACAUGUUUCCAAUGAUUUAACAUUGCUCUGAAAACACGAUCAAACCGUUUGACAUUCUGAACAAGACCCGAUGCCAUCUCUAUGAAUUGAACGAUCUCGAAACUCAUCCAAGUACCUGUCUCUGUACGCGCCACACGGUGAUUUGUUUGUUGUUUAACGCCACACUCUAUUCCAGCUAUAAGACGGCGGUCUGUAAAUAAUCGAGUCUGGACCAGACAAUCCCGUGAUUGACAUCAUGAGCAUCGGUCCACGCAAUUGGGAUACGAUGACGUGCAUCAACCAAGUCAACGAACCUGACCACGCGAUCCUGUUAGUCGCCUUUUUCGGGAAGCUUGGAUUGCUAAAGACCUAUUCUAGCCCGGAUCUUCACGGGUCGUCACACAACCGGGUGUUGUCGCUGAGGCCACAAUAAUUAGUUUCAUCCAAAUAUAUUUUUCAAACGAACUAUUCAAAGCAUUUGUGAAUAUUAACUGUUGAAGGAUGUGAUGUCAUCAAUUAAGAAUAAGGGAGUGCACACUACUUUCCUGGGUGCCAUUGUACAAAGCGAUCUUAGCGCUAAGUGAUCGUAACAGCCAUACCUUAACAUAGACUUACGACAGUCGUAGCGCUGAAGUUGUUUUGUACAACGGUACCCUGGUUGCAGGUAGUCGGAGACUACCCAGGCGGGGUUGUUUGGUAGUGAGGCGUAAUACAUAUUCUAUGAUGGCCUAAUUAUACAGUGUUUACAUUGCUAUUCCUGGAUCUUCUGACCACUUCUGUGAUGUAGUGGAGAGAGCGUCUGCAAGGAGAGAGGAGGGUUGUUGGGCGAUUCCCAGGCCGCGCCAUCCCAGAGGACUUGAAAAGAUGCUACUUGUUGACAGGACUGGUCGGCUCGGAAUCAGUAUACUGUGUCUGAAAGGGGUAUCCAUGAUAAACUGAGGCAUCUCAGUGAGCGAGCACUAGUCCGGAAUACUGCAAGCAGACACACACACACACGCGCACGCACGCACGCACGCACGCACGCACGCACACACACACACGCACACACCGCAUAUUCAAUAUUCCAGCUAUAUUUGCGGUAAUCGAAAUGUUCUGUAUUUGUCAAAUUCUUGAUGGUCCCCAUGCUGUAUUGAAUUCCAAAUUGGGCGUAUUUUGUCGCCUGAAAACCCUGACAUAUGAUACAAUGUGGUUUCCCCGCGGAUGGGUUGUUUUUCCUGUACAACCCGUUAUGCCGGAGGAGAAUGGACCAAAGGGGAGAUAACCGGGGUUGAGAUCGAGGGGUAGCUUGCAUGUAUAAGGUGGACCGUUGUGAUUUGGAGAUAUAUCACAUAUCGAGAUAGCCGAGUACGACACAGCGAGAGUCGACAGUAUUGAGUGUUGAGGAAUCUGUGAACGUAUGUGUAAUGGAUAUGGUUGGACUGUGGGCACAUUGUCCGGUGUAGUGAUCAAAUGUAAUUGUUAUUUUGUUUUCAUUUGACCGAAUUGUAGUGUUUCCUUAAACAAGAAGAGUAAGCGGUAUUACUUCACAAGCGUUUGGCCUGCCUGCUCAUGUGUCAUGGCAGCCCGAGGAUGUGGCAGUUACUUACGCUAUCAAUCACUUGUUUGUUUGGAUCAGAUUCGAUCACCAUCAAACCACCGUGAUAUGAUUGAAUACUGCCGUAAAACAACAUUCACUCAUUCAAUCACGAUCAUUGGAGUGAGUGAAUUGGAUCUGACGCCACUUCGAACAGUAUUCUAGUUAUAUCACGGCGUGUCAGCUUAAUGUGGGAGG